AUGAACUCAGUCAAGCGGAUAACGGACGACUUGGAGAAGCCAGAUCUCGACGACAGAUCGUACCGGGUCAUCGAACUCCCCAACAAGCUGGAAGCCUUACUUGUCCACGAUGCAGAAACAGACAAAGCUAGUGCCAGUCUCAAUGUCAAUGUCGGCAACUUUUCGGACGAGGAGGAUAUGCCCGGGAUGGCACACGCCGUAGAACAUCUGCUGUUCAUGGGAACUGAAAAGUAUCCUGUAGAAAACGAGUAUUCGUCUUAUCUUUCCUCAAACUCGGGUCACUCCAAUGCAUAUACGGCAGCUACUCAGACGAAUUACUUCUUCGAGUGCGCCGCUUCGCAUGAAGCGAACGACAACUCCUCCAAUGGCGCUGCAAACGGGAUAUCAAACGGCACCGCAAAAGGUCCAUUGUAUGGCGCUCUUGAUCGGUUUGCACAAUUCUUUGUGAAGCCGCUGUUUCUGGAGAGCACCUUGGAUCGUGAGUUGAGGGCGGUGGAUUCGGAGAACAAGAAGAAUCUACAAAGUGACGCAUGGAGGUUGUCUCAGCUGGCCAAAUCUUUGUCGAACCCUCAUCACCCGUACCAUCAUUUCUCGACUGGCAACCUGCAAACCUUGAGAGAUGACCCGGAGAAGAGAGGCGUCAAAAUUCGGGAUGAGUUUAUUCGUUUCUAUGAACGAAAUUAUUCUGCAAAUCGGAUGAAAUUGGUCGUCUUGGGCAGGGAAUCCUUGGACGAGCUGGAGAACUGGGUCGUCGAGCUGUUUUCCGAGGUCAAGAACAAGGAUCUACCACAAAAUCGUUGGGAUGGGGUUGAGAUGUUGACCAAAGAUCAGUUGUCAACCGAAAUUUUCGCAAAGCCGGUCAUGGAGUCGCGGUCCUUGGAGAUCAGUUUCCCGUGGCAAGACGAAGAGGACAUGUACGAGACACAACCGGCCAGAUACAUUAGCCACCUCAUUGGUCACGAGGGUCCCGGAAGUAUCCUUGCAUAUUUGAAAGAGAGAGGACUAGGCCAGACUCUUUCUGCCGGUUAUCACCCCGUCUGCCCCGGGUCAGCAUUCUUUGAGAUCGAGAUUGGACUGACACCUGACGGCCUGAAGAACUAUCAUGAGAUCGUCAAGAUUGUGUUCCAAUAUAUUGGCAUGAUGAAGGCGAAUCCACCCGUGGCAUGGCUGCAUGAAGAGAUGAAGAACAUGGCCGAGGUUGACUUCAGAUUCCGCCAAAAAUCCCCGGCCAGCCGCUUCACGAGUGGCACAAGCAGCGUCAUGCAGAAGAAACUGCCCCGCAACUGGCUCCUCAGUGGGACAAGCAAGUUCCGGAAGUUUGACGCCGACGCCAUUACACAAGCCAUGCAGUAUCUCCGCGAGGACAAUUUCCGGUUGAUGUUGGUGUCUCAAGAGUAUCCUGGUGACUGGGACCAGCGGGAGAAAUGGUAUGGGACCGAGUACAAAGUGGAAAGGAUACCUACGGACGUUCUGUCCCAGGUACGCAAAGCCCUUUCCUCACCAGGGACCGACCCGAUCAAAGAGCUACAUCUCCCGCAUAAGAACGAAUUCAUUCCCACCAAGCUCGAUGUGGAGAGGACAGAUGUCAAAGAGCCUGCGAAGACCCCGAAAUUGCUCCGCAACGAUGACAUGGUUCGCCUGUGGUGGAAGAAGGAUGAUACUUUCUGGGUUCCGAAGGCUAACCUCAAUAUCAAACUCCGAAACCCAGUCACCUACGCAACCCCGGCGAAUUAUGUCAAGACUGUCUUGUUUGUCAGUUUGGUCAAGGAUGCUCUAUCGACCUAUUCCUACGAUGCAGAAAUUUCCGGGCUUGCAUACGCUGUGGGUGCCAAUACGAUGGGCGUGGAUCUAAGCGUUCAUGGAUACAACGACAAGAUGGCAGUACUUCUAGAGAAAAUCUUGGUAACGUUGAAGAGCCUUGAGAUCCGAGCUGAUCGUUUCGAAAUCAUCAAGGAGCGUAUGGCCAGGAAGUAUAAGAACUGGGCCUUCCAACAACCGUACUACCAGAUUGGAGAUUACACUCGAUGGAUCCUGAAUGAACGCGGUUGGAUGAACGACGUGUUUGCGGCGGAGCUCCCCCAUAUUACUGUGGAUGAUAUCAGAACAUUUGCACCACAGAUCCUGCAACAGGCGCACGUUGAGGUGCUCGCUCAUGGCAAUUUGUAUAGAGAGGACGCCAAGAAGAUUGCAAACCUGGUCGAGUCGACAUUGCAGCCACGGCCUCUGCCUCCAUCACAAUGGGAUGUUCGAAGAAACGUGAUCAUUCCGCCAGGAAGCAAUUUCGUGUACAAGCAAUUAUUGGGCGACCCGGCCAACAUCAACAACGCGAUCGAGUACUUCUUGGAUGUCGGCCAUGUCAUGGAUAUUCCCUUACGGGCGAAGCUGCAAUUAUUCGCUCAGAUGACCGAUGAGCCUUCAUUUGAUCAACUUCGUACCAAGGAACAACUCGGCUACGUGGUUUGGAGUGGCGUGAGACCUGCAUCUGUCACAAUGGGAUACAGGGUCCUCAUCCAAAGCGAAAGAGAUCCGGACUACCUCGAAACCCGCAUCGACGCGUUCUUACUGAAGUUCAAGAAGGAUUUCGAGUCCAUGACCGACGACGAAUUUGAGGGUCACAAACGCAGUUUGAUCAACAAGCGAUUGGAGAAGUUGAAGAACCUUGACUUUGAGACGGGUCGCCUGUGGGCUUAUAUUUGUGGGGAGUAUUUCAACUUCUAUCAAGUCGACCGAGAUGUUGCUGCGAUCCGACAACUCACAAAGGAUGACAUGCGGGAAUUCUAUACACAGUAUAUCGAUCCCGAAUCGCCCACUCGCGCCAAAGUCUCGGUGCACCUCGAAGCACAAGCCAAACCUGCUCCAGCAGAGGCCAUUUCCCCAGCCCAACAGAGAGAACAGCUCGUCGGUCUUACUGUGCAGAUUUUGAAGUCUCUCGGCGUUGACGCGGACGAGGACCAGCUGAAGCCAUCGUUUGAGAAGGUCGACUUGGCGGACGACAGCAGUAUUGUGGGAGCGAUUCAAGAGUACAUCAGCACCACGACCGCUGCUUCAAAGUCGGAAGAAAUUGCUACACAAAUGAAGGAGGCAGUGCCACGGAUGCAAGUUGCACUGAAGAUCAAGCCGGUCGAGUCUCCUGGUGACACGGAUGAUGUGGCUGCGAAUAUCAAGACUCCUGAGGUUAUCCAAGACCCCUACCUGUGGAAGGCCGGGUUGCAGGUCAGUCAAGGACCGCUUGCGAUCGAAGAUCUACGGACUUUCGAAGAUCUCGAACCGAAGCUGUGA